AUGAGACUAUUGAUCUAUACUGCUUUGUGUGGGCUGAUCCAACGAGCUGUUGGAACAUGGACUCCCAUCGCCGCUCUCUCGUGGGCACCGUCUCAGAUCUCGGUGUUCUUCAACGCCAAUGGCAUCCUCCGGCGCAAAUACUACACAAGCCGUAGCGGUUGGCAACCUUUUGAAGGUCGUUUCGAGAGGCUGUCUUCCAAGAUUGGCUGGCUGUCGCGGCCCACUGCAGUUUCUUGGGGUGAGAAUCGUGGCGACGUCUUCCUCUACGACGAUAACGGACGAACCUUGCACAAAUACUGGGAUGGCACUACUUGGCAUCCACAAGGCCUCGAACAACUAGCAUCCAGCUCAGAGAAUCGUACCUUCGGCGGCAGAUUGAGUGCUGCUUCUUCGGGCAAGGACAGGCUUGACGUUGUGGAUAUGAUUGUCAACAAUUCGCACACUUACGUUGGCGACUACGUACACCUCUACUGGGAUGGCCAUGAAUGGAACGGGUGGAAAGACUGGAGCGAGAAGGGAGUCGCAUUCUCUUCACCUCCUUCUAUCGUUUCUUGGGGUCCGGACAGAUUUGAUGUCUUCGGUGUAGAUGCUAAUCAAACCGUCCGGCACAAGUAUUGGGACGGCAAGAAGUACAACGAUGGCUGGGAAUUGCUCGAUCGGUCGACUUGCGAUGGUGAAGAGAAUAAUUGCGAUCCUCCAGACGGCUUCAAAUCUGAUUCAGUCACUGCAUCUUCCUGGGGACCUGGACGCUGGGAUGUGUGGGCAGUCGGUAAUGAUGCCCAGCUCUGGCAUACAUAUUGGGAUGGGAGCAGCAUCAAGCCUUGCGAGCCCCUCGGCGGCAGCUUCGAAGCUGCAUCGCAAGUCCUUCACUGGUCUCAAGAUCGAAUCGACAUCGUCGUCUUUGGAGGCACCGAGGGAGAUCCGUACUUGUACAAGUAUGGCUACUGGGACGGCUCUCACUGGCACUGGAAGCCGAGUGCCGAAGACUGGAUCAAGAAAGAUAUCGACGGCGGAUUUGAUAGGGGUAGAACGACGGUCAAGAUUCCGCUCAGCCUUCGCGUACAGAUCAAUGUAUUUGCAGGAGCGCUCUACUUCUCCUCGUUCGACGAAUACGUCGAGACAUGCAAGUUCCUUGGGGUGGUCUCGUUCCCCGCUAAGACAGGCUGGGGUAGUCGAUACCGACGGUUCCAUUCGGGAAGAUGGUCAACGUCUCAAUGGCAGCAAUAA